AUGCUUGCAUCUGUCGGUGCUUUGAUUCCGGAAAUAUUAGACCUAUUGGGAGUCUUUCACUUUGUAGAACCUGUGUGGUGGCGUGUUGGUUAUUCGAAGCUCAAGGGAGAUACUUUGGAUUACCUUGGCAUCGAAGGUCUUCACUUUGCUGGAAGUCAAGGAGUGGUCGUGAUUGCUGUUUGCCAAGCACUUCUUAUGGUUGGACCGGAAUAUGCUAGAUAUUGUGGGACUGAGGCAUUGGAGCCUCUAGGAAUUUAUCUGCCUGGUGAUAUAAAUUAUCCUGGAGGAGCUUUGUUUGAUCCCUUGAAUCUGUCCAACGAUCCUGAAGCUUUUGAAGAGCUGAAGGUAAAAGAAAUUAAAAAUGGACGCUUGGCAAUGAUUGCCUGGUUAGGCUUUUACGUGCAAGCUGCACUGACGGGUAAAGGUCCUGUUCAGAACCUUAUUGAUCACAUCUCCGAUCCUUUCCACAACAACUUACUGAGCUCCCUCAACAUGAUGAAAGUAAUCAAAUAA